GCUCGUAUCUCCCGGUCAGUUGCAAGCCAACGAUUCCAGCAAUCAGUUCGUUCGUCCUGCUGGACUCUUGGAUUCCGCCGUGCGAGAACUUCAGUCGCGCACACAUUGUAGACUUCGGAUCUUCACCAGCACCCGAAUCACGUUUUGUGAAGUGGGAAAGGUCAUCCUUCGAACCAUUUCGUAACCGGGGGAGCGUAUUUUCGUGUGGAUAACAAGUGCGUCGUACGGCUACUUUUGUGGUCAAGUGUGUGGGAGUUAUUUUCGACCGCGAAAUCUUUUUUUGGUCGUUCUUGUACGGCUUCCAUCAGUCAUCUUCCUUCUCUAUACAUCUUUCUGUAAGAGAAAAUCAAUCGCCGGCAGUCUGUCAAUCGAUCCUUGCUACGUGGAGGAAAAAGAAAACUUGACCCACGGUCAAUUUUCCCAGCUUGUGCUGUCGGCGUGGAAAACAGUUAUCCGCGAGUUGUUCGGUCGAUCGAACGUACGCGCUUUGGGAUUCGGUGGUGCGAUUCUAGGCUACUCAGGUGUUCCGAGUACGGGUUUAAGUCGAAUCUAUUAGGAUGAUUCCUAGGAGGCUAUUGGGGGCCACAGGGCUAGUUCGUCAAUUGGGCGAAAGUUGCUCCAACACGGUCGCAGCGGUAGCUUCACAACGGCAACAGCAGUUUCUAUUGGCCAGACAGUAUUCCGGCGCGGGCGGAAACAAAAGCAGUCCAAAAAUUUUGAUUACAGGUGGCCUGGGCCAACUGGGAACAGAAUGCGCGAAACUGCUUCGGAACACCUACGGCGAAGAGAGCGUCAUCCUGUCCGACAUAAUCAAACCGAGCCAGGAAAUCGUCAACAGUGGUCCGUACAUUUUUGCGGACAUUCUAGAUUUUAAGGGUCUGCAAAAGAUCGUCGUCGAUCACCGCGUCGAUUGGAUCAUCCACUUCAGUGCGCUGCUCAGUGCCAUCGGCGAGCAGAACGUUCCGCUGGCGGUGAGAGUCAACAUCGAAGGCUUGCACAAUGUGAUCGAACUGGCAAAACAGUACAAACUGCGGAUAUUCGUACCGAGCACGAUCGGUGCUUUUGGACCGGACAGUCCACGGAAUCCCACUCCCAACGUGACCAUCCAGCGGCCGAAGACAAUCUACGGUGUGUCCAAGGUGCAUGCCGAACUGAUAGGCGAAUACUACCACCACAAAUUCGGACUGGACUUCCGCUGUUUGAGAUUCCCGGGCGUGAUCUCCAGCGAUCCACCAGGCGGUGGCACUACCGAUUACGCGGUGGCCAUCUUUUUCGAAGCGCUCAAAUCGGGCAAGUAUGACUGUUACCUGAAACCGGACACCCGACUGCCGAUGAUGUACAUCGAGGAUUGCCUUCGAUCGUUGCACGAAUUUAUGACCGCUCCCGAGGAGAAAUUGAAGCGUCGCGUCUACAAUGUAACGGCCAUGUCCUUCACACCGGAGGAGCUGGUGAACGAGCUGGCCAACUAUAUUCCAGAGCUGCAUGUGAGCUACCGUCCCGACAGUCGCCAGGCCAUUGCCGACUCGUGGCCGCAAGUUUUCGAUGAUUCCGAAGCCCGUCAGGACUGGGGCUGGCAGCCGAAGUACGACCUCAAAAAGCUGGUAGAGCUCAUGAUCCACGAUGUGCGGGAAAACUACAUCAACAAGGGGCUCAGCAAUGUUUGAUAGACGAAGAAAAAAAAAAGCGUUUUUAUUGUAUCGCAUGCAAUCUCGAAUAAAAGUACAUUGAAAGUUGCACUCAACA